GGUGUGGACAAUGGCGGGAAAGGACGCGUGACGUGACGACCAGCAAGCCUCCAUGACGCAACACAACAACACAAACCGGCAGCCAUGACUUCCUCCUUCCCACAAUCUGACUCCACGACCUCGCUGCUGAAAUCGUCCUCCAGAAGACCCACGCACGUCCACGAGCGUCCGCGGAGUCACCACCCGCACCGUCACCACCGCGCCGCGGUCCACAGCAGCGCCGCCGCCGCCGCCGAGGAGGCUAAUUGUUUGCCCGCGGAGAGCGAGGUGAGUGCCCGCAGACCUCUAUGCCGCCCCUCGCUCAUGACGGACGGAGGUGAGUCCACGCGGGUCAAGUGUCGCUCCCACGCACCUGCUCGCCAGCAGGACCCGGCGGACACUCCCGGUGAGGCCGUCCGCGGCGCACACCGACAUCACCACCGGAGGAAGCACCACCGCGAGGAGCGACAAUUAGCGGCGGUCGGACCACCGGAAGCCGAACCUCCGCGACGUUGCCGCGCUCGCCCGCCCGCCAGGCCGCCGUCUUUUUCGGACAACCACGACGACAGGACUCCGCUCUGUGAACCGCGAGAGCAGAGGAGAGUCGGUGCGGGGGAGAGCGGCUGUCAGGCCGGCACUUCUUCCCCGUCUGCGUGCUCUCCUUUGCCGCCGUCCAGAGCCUCUUCCCGGCGCUCGCGGAGGUCCAGCGCCGCUUCUUCAGCGUCGGACGUCAACUUACGUUCUGUCCUUAAUUCACUCUUUGGUCAGGACCGAGAGCUACGUCCAGAGGAAAUGGAUGAGUUGCGGGAUGCGUUUAAAGAGUUCGAUAAGGACAAGGAUGGUUUCAUCAGCUGUAAAGAUCUGGGGAACUGCAUGAGAACUAUGGGCUACAUGCCCACUGAAAUGGAGCUGAUCGAGCUGAGUCAGCAGAUCAAUAUGAACUUGGGAGGUCAUGUGGAUUUUGAGGAUUUUGUCGAGUUGAUGGGUCCAAAACUUCUUGCCGAAACAGCAGACAUGAUCGGAAUAAAAGAAUUAAAAGAUGCCUUCAGAGAGUUUGACACAAAUGGAGAUGGUGCCAUUAGUACGUCUGAGCUGCGAGAUGCAAUGCGGAAGCUUCUGGGCCAUCAGGUGGGCUUAAAUGAAGUGGAGGACAUUCUACGAGAGGUUGAUUUGAACGGAGAUGGGCUCGUCGACUUUGAAGAGUUUGUACGAAUGAUGUCUCGUUAAGACCACAGAAAGACCAGUCUUGAAUGUGAAGCCUUGUCCCUCGCCGUGCUUAAUCGAGUCGACCAGGACAGGCUACGUUCUCUGAGCCAUUCAACAAAAAAAAAAUUGACCGACACUGGAAAAUGUCAAGUCUUUGAAUGUUCUAGAGUGAAGAGUCACCUCAAAGUCUCAAUCAAUAAGUGUUCUUCCAGUCCCACUGAGGCAGAACUGGCUGUAGCCUAGCUGAUGAUUGUACUUGUGUGUUCUUGCACUUUAACUCUCACUCAGUCUUGUCUCUUCUUCUCCAUC